AUGGAAUAUUUCAAUGCUCAUUCUUAUCAAAACCUCAAUAGCGAGACCGCUGAAGAUGAAUUCUCUCCAAAGCAAAAAGAAAAACCCUCUCUUUCUCAGAAAAUUGUGGUACUCUACGCUAUAAUAACUUUUCUUCUAUUCACGCAGCUAUCAUCUAUCGUUCUCAUAACCUCGAAACAUUCAAACCCUCUAGGGUCCUAUGAAACAGGAUUCUCAACGGAAAUACACCCUAAUCAAAACACACUCGCACUUCACAAAGUCAAGUUCUAUGGUGGCGUAGUUUUUGAUGAAAAUGGUACCGUAUCUCUGAGCUACGAGCCUGGACAGCCCGAUUAUUUCGGAACGCCUAGCUUAAGUGUCGAAGCCGCUUGGGAUAAACUUCUGAACCAUCGGUUCAUCAAGGUGGAACCAAAGGACUGGCCAAAGGAAGCCGUCCGGCUUGGACAACAGGAUCUCGUUCGGGGAUCGUGGCGAUUAGAGACGAGUGGUUUGCACGCACUGCAUUGUUUGAAUUACGUCAGGAAAUCUCUUUCCCCGGAAUAUUAUGAAUCAUACCGAGAUAAACCAGAGCAAAGCUCAAAGAGUCUUUCUCAUUCCGGUCAUCUAAAACAUUGCCUAAGUCAAAUUCAUCAAAAUAUUAUGUGUCACCUUGAUAUGACACCUACACCUCGAACGUGGCGUCCGGCGCCUGCUGGAGACCACGGGCAGGGUCUUCGUCAUGCAGAUACAGACCAAUGGCAUGUCUGCAGGAAUUUUGAGGCUCUGAGAGACUGGAUGUAUCCGUUACAAGAGUUCCAUGAUUGA